AUGGAAAGGCGAGAAAGUGGAGGAUCAUCCUGCUACAACACUGCACGUCAUCUCGCCAACAUUCUACAACCACUCGUAGGCCAAACCCAGCACCACGUCACCAACUCCAAGCACUUCAUCGACAUCCUCUCCAAAACCAAGAUCCAGCCAUCCGACACACUCGUCAGCUUCGAUGUCACCUCUCUAUUCACCAGCGUUCCUGUAGACCAAGCAUGCGACAUCAUCAAACAACGCCUCAUCUCAGACCCAGACCUCGAAUCUAGGACCAAGCUCACACCUGACCAGAUCCACGACCUCUUUCUCACCUGCCUCCACUCCAACUCUUUCAAGUGGCGCAGCAACUUCUACAAACAACUUCAAGGAGCAGCCAUGGGAUCUCCACUCUCACCAAUCAUCGCCAACAUCUUCAUGGAACACCUUGAGCACCAAGCACUCAAGUCCGCCGACAAGUCUCCUUCACUCUGGCUACGCUACGUCGACGACACCUUCGUCAUCUGGCCACACAGCACACCAGACCUCCACCAGUUCCUCGACCACAUCAACAACCAACAUCCCAGCAUUAAGUUCACCAUGGAGACCGACUCACCACGACAACUCAAUCCCUUUCCUAGACGUACUCAUCACCUAGACACCAUCAGGAUUCCCCGCGCACCAAUCCACCAAUCAGUCUCCAACUCACUCAUCAGACGAGCCCACCAACUCAGUGACAAAGCACAUCUCCAGCAAGAACUCAAGCACAUCACGCACGCACUCACUUCCAUCAACCAGUACCCAAGAAGGAAAAUCAACACCCGAACUUCCUACCACAAGACCAGUAACAUCACCACCGGAACCCAACCUGAUACCAAGCCUACCGCCACCAUCGUACUUCCCUACAUCGGCAAGACAUCACACCGACUACAACGCAUCCUCCCCUCAGCCAACAUCCUCAUCAGACACCAAUCCAGCCACAAGCUUCACUCCACUCUUCACUCUCACAAGGACAAGCACCCAUCCAACAAACAACCAGGCGUUUACAAGAUUCCCUGCGACUGCGGCAAAGUCUACAUUGGAGAAACCGGCCGCGAUUUCGACACCCGACUGAAAGAACACAAGACCCACCACCGACGCAGCGACUACGCCGACGCCACCAAGCUACUCACCUGA